AAAUUAUACCGGUAUAUAUAAGGACAUGGUAGCCACUUCCGGUGGCGCUUUAAUGCCGUUCAGCCGCUUUCGCUGUCGUCAAGUAGUACGUGAGGGGGACAAAGUAGCCAUCCGCUGCACUUAGCCGGCACAGGCGCACUCCGCCAAUCCGCGCUGACAAGUGCUCCCCGCCCGCCGUCAUCGAUCCGUCGACAGAUACAACGGCCGGAACGUGAGGAGCGCGGUUAAGCGUCGACGAUGCCGGCACACGUUAGCCCCGCCCACUCCGCCGCCGUACCGCCGUGCGGCAGUACAGGCAGCCCUACGUGCUCAAUCGUCGAUCGGAUCGGAUCGGAUGGGAGCGGAUGCCGUGAGAUAAUCGGGUCGGGAAGCCUUACGUAACUGCUCGCUUGUCGCACGUAUUCUGUACGGUACUUACAGCAUAAGCACAUAUACACACGGCCGUGUUGCUGUUUGUGGUGCGGUGAGUGCGCGCGCGUGCCUCUUAGUCGGGAAUUUGCAGUCGCGAGUGAGUGUACGUGCGCUGUUAGCCCGGAUUGAUCAGCUAAUCGUUAAUGAGUGAGGCGUUUUAUUGUCGGGAUAGCAUCAGGUAAAGCCCACACCAGCUGACACACUUUUCCGGCUUACGUUAAUUGCUCUCUGCGCCGCUCAUAAUUAAGCCGGCGCUGUUUCCCUUGUUACCCGUUCUCUUGUUUCUUCCUACAGCAGACUGCAGUCAGCGGUUAAUUGCAUCGUCCGGCUGAGUGCAGUCUGUUUUCCCAAGACUUGAUUGCGUGUGGCGCGUGUAUAUAUGUGCAGCGCAGACGCAUUCGUAUAUGCACAUACUGCCGAUUGAGUGAGCAUUGAAAAGCACGAGCGACACGACCGCAGCGGCAAUUAAGCGGGCAGCAGACGAGGAGACAAGGAGCGGGGAUAUAUAUGCAUUACCAAGUGGAGCGAAGGAUGAGUGUUUAGCGAGCGACGCACGACAAGCGCGCAUCGGAUCCGACGGGAGAAAAUUGGCUUGAUUUGUUGGGAAGUGCGCAGGAGUCGGGCGCGCAUCACAGCCAGUAAUUAGCCGGCCGACCUAGCCGGUUGCGGCGAUGCAGCCGCCGCGGGCGCCGCUCACCGUUGCCGUCCAGCGGGAAUAGCGCGGAAUGUGAGCCCGUCUCCGCCACCGACGCGCCGGCCUCGAUGGCUCCGCGUCCUGCCGGCAGUGUCCGCAGCCGCACCGCUUCCCGCCUUCUCCGCCUCGCCGUUCCGCUACAUCUCUCCGCGUUGCCCGCACCGCCCGGGACGCCGCUUCCGCAGAGGACAAAAGGGCGGACCACCCGGCCGCUGCGGCCGGGACCCCCGCCCACGGGCGGCGUCCACCGCCGGCCCGGCCGGACACCGCCGCCGGUGCCCGCGGGUGGGUAACCGCUGUCGCGUGUCGGCACGUUUUUGCAUUUAUUUGGCAGUGCUCUUCAUAUAAUUAUAUAUAUCUGAAUCUGAUACGCCGCCGUCCAUUGCCCAUCGCGCGGAGGAUCGAGGAUGCUGCAAGUGCUGGCACAGACCUUCUUCACUGUCUGGGCUGUCGUCUACCGACCGGAAACCGUGUGCGACGUGCUGGACUGCCUGCAGUCGCGGCGUCCCUGCCUACAGGGCCUGGCCUGCAACUCCCUGAUGGCCUCCAUCCCGCGCCUCUGCGGCCCCACCGACAACGAACACUGCUACAGCCACCAGCGCCACGAAUGCCGCGAGACGCUGUUGCGCUUGAAAUCCUCACCUGAAGUGCAGCACAACUGCUUCUGCGCCGACGACGACGACCACUACCACGACGAUGCCGGGUCGACGCAAGUGGCGACGAAGAGCGGCGCCGGUAGCGCAGGCAGUUCGCGGAGCUGUCAGGAUUGGUACAACCUGGUGAUGAAUCAUCCCUGCCUGUACCAGCAGCAGAUCCAUCCGGCCUUCCUCCCGCAGUACGGGCGGCCCGGCGCCGCCGCCUUCAGCUUCGACCUGGAGCUGGCCAACCAGCUGCUGCUGCAGCGCCACAUCGUCCUCUCCUGCACCUCCGCGCUGCACGCCUGCCGCAAGAGCCCUCUGUGCCGGCGCGUGUAUGACGAGUUCCGACGACGGUGCCGGCUAAAGGACGACCGCUGCCGCAUGACCAAUGCGGCGUUGUGCUACAAUUCCUACGAGCUGAUCAAACUGACCCCGCUGUGGAAGUGCCUGUGUGACCGUCCCUCGGAGAAAAAGUGCCUCCGCAUACAAAAGUCCAUCAUCGCCAACGCCUGCAUCGUUGGAUCUUUCCCGUGGUUGUUGAAAGAGGACGAGGAGACCACCACCGUCGCCCGUCCCACACGACUCCGGACGACCAUCACCACCCGGCCGCCGUACAUCCCCGGCACCACCCGUCGCGCGCCGCCUCCCGCCCGUCCCGUCCAGGUCAUCCUGACGUCCACCGCGCCGAUCCUACCGGACGACAGCUCCGUCACCGACCCCGACAUCGACGGUACUGAGGCCGAGGAGACCACUGCCGCUACCCUUACGGACCCGGACCUAGAGCUGGAGCCGUAUCCCGGACCGGAUGAGGAGUUCCUCCUGUUCCCCCGUAUCGCACUCUUCCUACUGCAGCCUUUAGUUGAGACCAUCCGCAACGUCCUGGCUCAAGAGUAUGAAAUGGAGACGUUGCCGCCGCCUCCGACGACUACGCCCCUCCCGGAAACGGAGCCAGUCACCGACAGCGACGGGCAGCCGGUGGACGGGGCAGAAACCGAGCCGGGCGCGAUGGAGGCGACGGAGCAAGCGGUGGUCACCGUUGAACCGGAAGGGACGCCGCCAUUGCCCACCCUGGCGUUGUUCACCAGUAAGAAAGCGGUGACGAGCGCGGGGGUCGCUCAAAAAGGGUCCAGCGCCGGCGGAACCACUCCCGCUCGGUCGACGCGGCCAACGCGACCGCCGUGGCGCAUCACCGUCACCUCCAGCGCCCGACUUCCGGCUUCGCGAACGACCGCAGCGUUAAACAACCGGACGAUUUCCACGACGACUUUCGGAAAAACGCCGACGGCCGGUCGAGUGUCACCGGCCAGCACCUUCCGACCAUCGGUACGAACGCCAACGGCCGGCCGCUCGACCGCGGGUCCGCUCAAAUCCACCGGCGAGACUGCCACACCCAUUUUCGGUCCGAGAACAACAGCCGGUGACCCGGACAGUGUCACCGAUUCGUCCGCCGAACAGACCAGCGCCAGCCCGGACGACGGUCUGGAGACGGUACCGGUGACCACGACCACGGAGCCGGACGAACCCAUCGUCUACACGCCGGAUCCGCGCGGACUGCACUCCGGCGCCUGCCUAACGCAGAUGGAGGCUUGGAGCCGCCAGCAGCCGGCCUUCGCGGAGGCCCUGACGCAGUACCACAACGCGUGUCGUUGGCACUCGGACCUCAACGAGACCUGCAACGCCGCCGACUGCCUGGACGGGGAGGUGCGGAUGCAGCGCUGGAUGGGCCGCUGGAUGGCGCUGUGCCGCAAUCUGUCCUGCGAGGGUAAUCCGCACUGCGAGCAGCUGCUGCAGAUGCUGAACCCCGGUUGUGUCCACGUGGCCGCCUUCCUCGAGGAGAUGGACACCGAGUUGACGAUCACGUGCCGCGACAUCCGGCGCAACAUCGUGCUGCAGGUGCCGCGCGGCCACCACCGACGCGUGCACCUCUCGGAGACCUGCUCGCAGUUGUGCACGUGCGAUGUGCAGUCGACCGGCGCCAACCGCAACCAGCGCGACCAGAUGACCUGCUACAAUCUGCCUUGUGUCGAGUCCAAGGACUGCCUUAGCGACUACGCCACGUACCCUCCCGGCUCGCCGGCUUAUCGUGCCUUCCAGGGCGCCUGCGUCUGCUACGCCUCGCGACUACACUGCAUUCGCCCGUACAACUACACUGUCGGCAAAGGGGCGUGGCUGUUCAUGGGAUACAGUGCCUUGGAGGAGAGCCUCAUGCUACCCUACACCAACGUCUCCCUAAAAACCCACCUACUGGAUCACGUCAAGAAGUUGCCCUAUCCGCAGCGACGCACGGACACGUGCCUGUUCAGUCAGGUGCCCAGCGAUCCAGACUACAUCGUGCUCAAGGCCGACCUCUUCGAGUGGGACAACUCCAGCGAGAACGGCGGGGUCGCCUCACCCGGCACUCUCGCCAACGAGGCUGCCUGCGACAAGUUCUUCAACUGGCUGGCCAACCAAAUCAGCGAGCGCCGGCCGGCCGUCCGACAGGACCUGCUGCUGGCGCUGGUCAAGCUGGCCGAGGCGGAAAUAGCGCCGCACACCGCUCCUAACGCCGCCGGCAGCUGGCGGCGGCCGGUGCGCGUCGGCCACCCGCGGGGGGCUCUUCAGGCCUGGCUGCUGCAUCUCCCAGUGGCCUUGGCGCUGACCUUUCCACUCCUUCACUACCGACACACGUGCUCCCUUCUCUGAUACGCAGUGGCGGGACUUCCGGUCCCCGGGUACUCCCGACGCCUGGGCUGGGCCUCCCCGUUCGGCCCGUUCCCCGUGCGCGGUGCCCAGUAGUCCUGCGAUCGCGUUUCCGGAGCCGGAUGGCCCAGAUUCUCGGCGAUGAGAAAACAGCGUUGAUUAUCUGAACAGUCGUUGAUGGAGUUGCGCUGCCGCUGGUGCCUUGCGCUUUCAACUGAUCGGUAAAGUGCACCGUGACCUUUACCUGCCUGACCUGCUGUCUCUUUUUUCCCACUGCCUCGUAAAUGAAUUAUCCUGAAUCUCCUGUUUCAGUUUAUAUUGAAAUGUUUAUAUUGCUCUGCCCAGUGAUAGCUCGUCUGCAUAUAUAUAUGCCGGAUCGAAUUGGCUUUAGACUGUGAGCGGUGUUGAUCAGCGGUUGAAUUUCUUUCCUGUGCACCGUAGAUGCGCUAUAACAUGAU